AUGAUCGGACCAGGCGGCGAUGCGCCCAUGGCGCUGGGCGUCCUCUGGGGCUUGACUGCCAUGGCUCUCUGCUUCGUCAUCCUGCGUCUUUGGACGCGGUUGAGGGUACUCCAGGCAUACGGCAUGGACGACCAUUUCUUCAACUUCGCAUUCGUUCUCUUUAUCGCAUACGAUGUCAUGCUCACGAUAGCGUCCUUCUAUGGCUUCGGCAGAAACAUCAGCGAACUCGAGACAUCAUACGACAUAUCCCGCGCCAUCUUGUACGAAGCCAUCGGCCAAACCAUCCUCGUCGUCGGCACGGUUGUCUCAAAGACGUCUUUAGCAUUAUUCCUUCUGCGUCUCGUCACCUCCCGUUUACAUCAAUUCAUCAUUAUCUUCCCAGUCGUCGUUCUCGGUGUUCUGGUCGUCGUAUCACUCUUCGUUUUCUGGUUCUCCUGCACACCGAUCGAGUUUCUGUGGAACAGGCUCCUUCCGGACGGCACAUGCCCGAUCGACCCCGGGCCGAUAUCGACAGCGGCCGGAGUAUGGAGUGUGGUGGUCGACUUCUGGUAUGCCGUGACGCCAUGGGUUUUGCUUUGGAAGCUUCAGAUGCCGAGAAGGGAGAAGCUCCUCAUCAAUAUCAGUAUGAGUCUGGGAGUCAUUGCCGGAGCUUGCGGAAUCCAGCGGGCCUUGGAAUUGAAGAACUUAAGCAGUGCGAACUUCACCAAGGAUACUGUCGGCCUUAUCGUCUGGCAUGCGGCAGAACUGGCGACAACUUUGGUGUGCAUUGGCAUCCCCGUUUGUCGCCCCCUAUUCAAGAGCUGGCUCGAUCUGUGGACGUCUCGAAACGGCAGCAAACCCACCCGCGGCCCGUACACGAGAGACAUGACCGGAUCAUUCAUGAUGAGAACGAUCGGAGGUACCGACUACACUGUCCGAGUUGGCCUUAAAACCCCGGAACCGUUUUUAGGGUUUUCUGGCGAGCGAAGUGGUUACGAGACAAGCGGCACCGAGCGGUCGAACGGAAAAGGAUAUGGCCACGACAACAACAGCGUUGAAUCGAUUCUGGGACCGGAACUGAAGAAAAGCCAGACUCGCGAAGGACACAACCGAGGAUGGUCAAAGGGGUCGGGAAGGAGCGUGGACCAAAACAUUUGGGUGAAAUCCGAGGUUGUGGUCAAGUCGACAGUGAGGGAGUGA